ACACCCACCCAGACUCGCACAUGCUACAAGAAGUGCGUUCCCCUCCUGCCCCGCUUUUACUCUUAGAGGUGGCCUGGCCCUGCGGGAGUACCUCCGUCUCCGGUUCCCGGUGCAGUCGAUCCUGUUGGCUCGCCUAAGGGUGAUUAGUCGGGACUCGAAUGUGACAGAAAUCACGCGUCCGCGGGAUCGCCGUGGUGGAUGAGAGCACACACUACUUUUUUUGUUUUUCUUCCCAGGGACUUUCCCGAAAAAGCUUUUUAAGAUGUGAAGAGCUUGCACUUCGCGUCCUGCAUUUCUUCCCCAGCUGAUCCACGGCUGCUCUUCCACCGCACAGGGUCGCGGGUUGGAUGGUGAGACCGACGCGCGCCCCGGAACCUCUUGGACACUUCACGUUUCACGGAUCAUUCCCAUCGCAGCCGCUUUUGGAUCCUAUAUGCUCACUUGUUCCUUCUGAAAUAUGCGCUGGUCGGCAGGAGAGCGGCAGCGCGAAGACGAUGUGGCUUUUGCGCAAACCCUCCCUCGGUCUGAGCUGACUCAACGUGUUUUACCUGGACGCUUGCGGAUGGUUUUGCGCGUUUGAACUCUCCUGGACCCCCCCUCGCGCAUGAAGCAGGACUCCGAUGUUGAAAAUACAAAGGCUGAACACUGAAUACUUUACUCAAGACGUCCAGUGAAGAUGGGUCCUACGUGUUUAAUGUAUAUGUCAUUAGAUUGGCGUCUAGUCUAAUAAACAUCAUCAGCGAUGUAGUCAGCCUGUUCAUCUGCGUGCUGAUCAUUUGCAGUAAAUACUCACAUCUGCUCAAAAGGGGGACCAUGAAGAUGAUCCUCCUGCGCAAAUUCCGGGUGUUGAUCCUCAUGGUGUUCCUCAUCGCGUGCUCCAUGCACAUCAUGAUAGACUUGUUACCGAAGCUGGAGAGGCACGGCAACAGCGGCUGCUCGUGCUCCCACACGCCGAGCGAGGAGCCUCAGAGCUGGGGAAAGCAGGGCUGGCCUAACAAGCACACGCUGAGAAUCCUCCAGGACUUCAGCAACGAGCCCAACUCCAACGUGUCCUCCCACUCCCUGGAAAGGGUCCCGGUGACAGCCGACAAGACGCAGGCUCUCCGGAGGCUCGAGCAUCUCGGCCAACGCGGGGACCGGAAGAGACAGUUCAUGCAGGACGCCGCGGUGACCAAACACCUGCCGCUCAAGGGUUCAAGGUUGUCGGCUCUCUAUGACCACCCCUUGUAUAAAAGGUCCCUGCCACCUCUGACAGACGAGGACACGCUGUUCAACGUCAACACGGACAUCAGAUUUGACCCCAAAGCCGCAGAGGAUCAGGCGUGGAAUAACGACGGCAACGCGGAGGAGUUCAGUCCAACCGGGGAGCUGACGGCCGACUCCUACCCCAACUGGCUCCGCUUUCACAUUGGGAUUAAUCGAUACGAGCUGUACUCCAGACACAACCCGGUCAUCGACGCCCUCCUGAAGGACCUGGUCACCCAGAAGAUCACCAGCGUCGCAAUGAAGUCUGGAGGCACUCAGCUCAAGCUCAUCAUGACCUUCCAGAACUACGGCCAGGCUCUCUUCAAACCCAUGAAGCAAACCCGGGAGCAGGAGACCCCACCAGACUUCUUCUAUUUCUCUGACUUUGAAAGACACAACGCUGAGAUAGCCGCCUUUCAUCUGGACAAGAUCCUGGACUUUCGUCGUGUCCCUCCCGUGGCCGGCAGACUUCUCAACAUGACGAAAGAGAUACGAGAUGUCACACAAGAUAAAAAGCUCUGGAGGACCUUCUUUAUUUCACCAGCCAACAACGUGUGUUUCUACGGAGAGUGCUCGUACUACUGCUCCACCGAGCACGCUCUGUGCGGUAAACCGGACCAGAUAGAAGGAUCCCUGGCGGCCUUCCUCCCGGACCUGGCCCUCGCCAAGCGCAAGACCUGGAGGAACCCGUGGAGACGCUCCUACCACAAGCGCAAGAAGGCAGAAUGGGAGGUGGACCCGGACUACUGCGAGGAAGUCAAACAGACUCCGCCGUAUGACAGCGGGACCCGACUGCUGGACAUAAUGGACAUGACCGUCUUUGACUUCCUCAUGGGGAACAUGGAUCGCCACCAUUAUGAGACAUUCGAAAAGUUCGGCAAUGAGACGGUCAUCAUCCACCUGGACAACGGCAGAGGCUUUGGAAAGCACUCCCACGAUGAGGUAUCCAUUCUGGUGCCGCUGACCCAGUGCUGCAGGGUAAGGAAGUCGACCCACUUGCGUCUGCAGCUGCUGGCUAAGGAAGAAUACAAGCUGUCCAUGCUCAUGGCAGAAUCCCUGGUGAGGGAGCGCCUUAGUCCCAUCCUCAUCCAGCCACACCUGGAUGCCAUGGACCGACGACUACGCCUGGCGCUGAAUGUGCUGUCAGAAUGCAUCGAAAAGGAGGGCUACAGUUACGUUGUCGAGGACGACCUCCACGGGUACCAAGGGACAGACCACGCCCACAAUGGCCCGCGACGGAGGUAGCUGUCCGGGGGCGCUGGCAGCUAUGUAGGACUGACUCCCCGGAGAUAGGAGAGGAAGCCUGUCUGCCUGAGGUUAAUAUGAGCUGUCUGGACGUGGAAGCCUGCUGGAUGGGACCGGACCUCGACAAACAAGUGCAAUGACUUAAACUGUACAGAUGCUCCAAGGUGACGUCGAAGAGUUCUGGACGGAUCUGGGGCCGGCUCACAAACUGAACUGAACCACCCCCCACAUCACCUAGAAUCCUUAAAUGACCCAACCCUGACUCGAGCGUUGUGACAACCCCACCGCAGCACUACCAAACCAUGAAAGUCUGGCAAGAGACACUUUCUCUCUCUGUCUUGUUCAGGACCCUUUUUUGAAUUCAGUGAAUUCUGAGAGACUUGUAAAGAACCUCCCCCCACCCCCCCACCACCACCACCACCCCCCCACCCCACCUCUCUCUCUCUUCACAAGCUGAAUUAUGUGUUCUUCUACGUAUUGUUGGUAUUGCAAGUGUUUGGGUUGAACACUCACGGUGGAGGAGGAUGUAGAGGUGGACUCCCUGGUGUCUUAAUUAUCAAAAUUAGGUUUUAUUACAUAGUCUCUUUCUUUAUUUGAUUGCUGCUGAGUUGAUUCAGCGUUUUAUCAUUUGUAUUCAAGAUAUUUGAUUGGAGUGCAGGUUUACUCCUGAUUUGUCUUUUAAUUUUUCCCAUAAAUGUUUCUUGUACUUGAGAGAGUAUUUAUUGAAGUUCAUAUUUAUUAUUUGAAAUGAAUACUAAUCGUAGAGUUUUCAUCACAGUGGUGCACUUCCUCAUUUGUCCAAAAGGGGGCAAACUGAGCAUGUGCAAAAGUAGCUGCCAGGUCCGUGCCUCUCGGUAAAGUUAACCCUCCAUAUUUCACCCCAUUUCCAAGUAUCAAGUUCACUUUAAACUUGGUUAUCAAAGAAUUGGUUCUUAUCAAGCGCGUUUACAACAUUUAAUCCAGCAACUGUCUCUUUUUUUUUUUCUUUCUUUCAGCGCAACAGAUAUGAGGUUAGUUAUAUGUUACCAAAAGCCAAAUGUCACACUAAUAGUUUUAAAUUAUUGUUUCUUUGUAAUAUAUUGGAUGUCCAGAUGUUGCUGUUGUGGAGAGAUUAUUUUUCAGGAUGUAUAUUUCAUUCAUUACCAACAGCAGAUAGCUUUUAACUGUUGGCGUCAAUGAUUCAGUCGCUGGCUGAAAGUUAAUAUAUACAGUAGGAAAAUCUAGUGCCUGUGCAAUGAUAGAAAUACUUGAAUGUCUGGUUUCAUAGCAGAAUGAUUUGAACUCCUCCCAGGUACGAGCUCGAGGUAAGAUUCUGAGGUCUACAUAUAUGUUUGUGCUGACUCCAUCUGUUUCACAAGGGUUUUAUUCUACAUUCCCAUAGUUCUGUGUCAGGUUAGUUCAGUGUGUCUGGACAUAUGGGUGAGUCCAUAGUGAACCUUAGAUGAUGUUCAAGUGAAAAGGAUUCUUUUUUUAAAUUUGUAUUCAACUCAUUGUUUCUGUGGAUUCUUUUCUCCAUUUCUUUGCAUCAUGGUAAAAGUGCAAUAAAACUAAAUAAGCAG